UUUUUCGUUGAAUGCAACAACUAUAGUAUAACUCUAACUUACGCCUUCUCGUAUGAACCGAUGCAUGAGUUAAAAUAUACUUCUAUGCUUCACUAGAAUAAGUUUGUUUUUUUAUUUUGGGAGAUUAAUAAGGUGGACCACACAAUUUUUCUCCUCAAAAGUAAGUUUCUUAAUUUAAGUGUUCAAAAGAAUUGAAUAUAUUCUAACGGGACGGAGGAAGUAUUUUAUAAUUUUAAAAAAAUUAGAUAUACAUUAAUUAUUCAUUUUCAAAUUUAUAUUAAAAUAAUACAUAUUCUAAUUCAAAAAUAUUUGUUCUUAAAAUUAAAGAGUUCUAAAACAAACGAAUAUAAUUGUAUUUUUUUGAAGCAAUAAUUAUAUUCUUUUUAGUUGCAUUAAUAAUUAAUCAUAUAGUAGAAAAAGAAUACGUAAAUAAAAACAUAAAAAUUGAUAUCUAAUAAAAAUAUAAAAAUUUAAAUAAAACUAAUAUUGUAAAGGAAUGUAAACAAAAAAUAAUCGUAAUUUUUUUUUUGAGGAAUUAAAAAGAGAGGUGAGAGAAAAAAGUUUAUUGUGAAAGUUUUCAUAUAAAUUUUAAAUCGACCGUAAUACAAUAUUUUUAGCAUCUUUUAAAGAAAUUAUUGUUUGAGUGUUUUUCAUUCUACGUAUCGAUAUUCUUCGCCCUUGCAGUAGUAAUCGACAUUCAAUCCUCGAAUCUCCUCGCCACCUAAAACAUGUCACUUCAUUAAUGCAGUUUAUAGUAAUGCUGUUAAUAUUACGUUACUACAAACACUUUGUAUAAAUGAAACACACACCAAUUAUGAUUACUAACGCCAAAAUAAAAACUUAACUCAAACUACUAAGUUUUAUGAUUAAUUAAUCAAAAAAUAAAUCUCAAAAAGGCAAUAAAAUUCAAUAUCGAAAGCAACUACCAAACCAGAAAAAUAAAAUCGAUUUAAGUCAAACAAGUUUCAAGCAACUGUAAUAGAUGUAAAAAUCUUCCUCUUUAAUUUCCCUAUAUAUUCGCAUAUUCUUCACUAAAAUCCUCCACCGCAAAAAUGGGGUUUCUCCGGUUACUCCACCUCCGCGCCGCCGCCGUCUUCCUCACCUACCUCCUCCUCUCCGCCUCCGUCCCUCUCUCAUCCCCCAAAAAAACCAAGCACAAAAUCAACGGCCCCAUCAAAACCUUCGUAGUAGUGGUGAUGGAAAACCGCUCCUUCGACCACAUGCUCGGCUGGCUCAGGAGAACCCGGCCCGACAUCGACGGGCUCACCGGCUCCGAAUCUAACCGGGUCAACGCAUCCGACCCGAGCUCCCCGUCCGUCGCCGUGACCGAUGGUGCCGUCUUCGUCGAAUCGGAUCCCGGCCACUCGAUCCAGGCGAUCCGGGAGCAGAUAUUCGGGCGCAACGACACGUCGGCGAAGCCGGCCCCCAUGGAUGGGUUCGUGCAGCAGGCCGAGAGCAUGGGGGUGGCGGGGAUGGCCGCCACCGUCAUGAGCGGCUUCAAACCGGAGCUCGUCCCGGUCUACACCGAGCUCGCGAACCAGUUCGCGGUGAUGGACCGGUGGUUCGCAUCCGUCCCCGCCUCGACGCAGCCGAACCGGUUCUACGUCCACUCCGCUACCUCCCACGGCGCCUCCAGCAACGUCCGGAAGGAUCUCAUCCGUGGCUUCCCGCAGAAGACCAUUUUCGACUCCUUGGACGAGAAUGACCUCGAUUUCGGGAUAUAUUACCAGAAUAUCCCCGCCACUCUGUUUUUCAAGUCUCUGCGGAAAUUGAAGAACAUAGUGAAGUUCCAUAGCUACGCUUUGAAAUUCAAGCUCGAUGCUCUGUUGGGGAAGCUGCCGAACUACGUGGUGAUCGAGCAGCGCUACUUUGACUUGUCGCUCUUCCCGGCCAACGACGAUCACCCCUCGCACGACGUGGCGGAGGGGCAGAGGUUUGUGAAGGAGGUGUACGAGACGCUGCGGAAGAGCCCGCAGUGGGAGGAGAUGGCCAUCUUGAUCACCUAUGAUGAACAUGGAGGAUUCUAUGAUCACGUGCCCACGCCUGUUGAUGGAGUCCCCAAUCCGGAUGGGAUCAUUGGACCCGACCCAUAUUACUUCCAGUUUAAUAGGCUUGGUGUGCGCGUUCCUACCUUGUUGAUUUCGCCGUGGAUCGACAAAGGCUCCGUGAUUCAUGAGCCGAGUGGCCCGACCCCAACUUCACAAUAUGAGCACUCGUCGAUACCUGCUACCGUGAAGAAACUUUUCAAUCUUAAGAACUCGAACUUUUUGACUAAACGGGAUGCGUGGGCUGGAACUUUUGAGAAGUACUUUUACAUGCGUGAUACUCCUCGCAACGACUGUCCAGAGAAACUCCCAGAAGUGAUGGUGGCACUGAGGCCAAGGGGGCCAAAGGAAGACGAGAAACUCUCGGAAUUCCAAAUCGAGCUGAUUCAGCUUGCAUCACAGCUCAAUGGCGACUACAUGCUCAAUUCGUAUCCCGACAUAGGAAGAGAAAUGAACGUGGAAACGGGUAACAGGUACGCUGAGGAUGCAGUCAGGAGGUUCUUGGAAGCUGGGAGGGCUGCUCUAAGAGCUGGUGCGAACGAUUCGGCUCUCGUCACCAUGAGGCCCUCUCUAACCAGUAGAACUGCAGAAGCACAAUCCAAAAGCCGCCAUGAAUCCUUGUGAUUGUUUAGGUAUUCCCCUUUUUCUGUGUUGUAGAUUUAGAAAUAUAUGAAGUGGAAUGGAGAUGUUCAUGGAUCCUUCUUGUAUAUAUAAGUUUAGGAUGAGGGAUGAGAAUGUGCUUGUAACAGAUAUAUAGUGCUUCAUUGUUAUACCUAUAUAUUUGAUUUGAAGUAUAAAUCCCACUUGAAUAAA